UCCCUGCCCGAUGGGUCUACAUUCAUCCCUGAAUGUCGUCGGGUACUGUUCACUUCCCCGCCAUUCUUGUAACCGUCACCUGUAAUCCGCGCAGGUGUGUCCGCACCCCCUGGAGUGGACGAGAAAGAAAGGAUUUCUCGGAGCAACCCCCCUGGUUCCAGACCCAGGAGUUCACUUUCCCGUCUGAGCAUUCGAUGGGUCGUCUGAGGGUUCGCCGCGGUUCAUUGCUUUGCUUACACACUAGGCUACCCUUCUCCGAAAGCUCCGCG